AUGCCCUUUCUGGAAAAAAUUAAAAAUUAUUCUACAGAACUGGGUGAUAUAGAGAUGUUACUAAAAAUUCAAGAAGAAACUAACUCUGUUAACGAUGCUUUUUUGGCGUAUCACAAUAUAUGUAGUGUGAAUUAUUUUGCAAAAUACCAAAGGAAAACGAAUCCACCUCCAAGUAAUGAUUGGGCUACGAAACGAGAAGGCCAUAAAAUUGCCAGAGAACGAUUGAUUAAUUAUAUUCAGCAAGAAGUUAUUACAAAUCGACGAGUGAUGUCAUUAGCUCACUUGAAAUAUUGUUAUGCUGAAUUUGUGAAAGAAAUGUAUGAACACUCAAAUUUAGAAGCUACCACAUUCAGCAAUAAAGCUCUUAAGGAUUAUAUACAAACUCAAUUAAGACACAAAAUAUCAUUGGUUAACAUUUCUAAUCAACAAUUUGUUAUAUCAUCUGAAGUAGAUAUUGAAGCAACCGAUGAUGAAGAAAUCAAUUUCAUUGAUAGUGAAGUAUUAAAUGAAGGAGAGUGCGAUGUUCCAAAAUGGUUGGAUUUAUUUUGGACUACUGCUUUGAACGGUAUUGGCAAAGAAAGCUGCGAUCGGGUUCAGAGAUUGUCUUCAUGUUAUUCGCAGGACUCCAUCUACAGUAUUACUAGAGAAGAAGAAUUGAACAUUAUCAAAAGGAACGAUGCAUCUACAGAAGCUCAACAGAAUUUAUCAGUUAAUGUUCGUGAUUUGACUGGCCGUAGAAAACGUUCGUUUGAGGAACAGACAUUUGAAAAUGUACUGUACGCGAAGCAACGUCGUCCAGAAUUUUGGCGUAGUAGUGUAGCGUCACCUGAAGAAAAAAAAUUACAAUUCUUGUCGGACUAG